AUGGCGAACACAAAGUCCUUCAUGGGCUUCACAGGGAAAGCCUUGAUGAUAGCACAGACGGCCACAAUUGUCUGCCCUUCGUUCAUCCUAUUCGGUUACAACCAAUCUAACCUCGGUGGUCUUGUCGGCCUCUCCGACUGGGUGGACCAUUUUCCUCGCAUCGAUACCGUCAAUACCCAUGGAUCUCAGAAGAGCAACAACGCCACGAUACAGGGGCUCAUCGUGGCUACCAUGACCCUCGGCGCCCUUCCCGGUUGUCUUUCUUGUUCCUACACGGCUGAUCGAUUUGGUCGACGGCCUAUAAUCUUCCUCGGAGCUCUCCUUUCGCUCAUUGGAGAGGCUCUGGAAGCAUCGGCUUUCCACCUGGCACAGUUGAUCAUCGGACGAAUAGUUCUUGGCGCUGGAAUAGGCAUGCUCAGCGGCACAGUCCCCACGUGGCAGAGCGAGUGUUCUAGUGCCAAGAAUCGAGGUAGGCACGUCGUUUUAGACGGCCUUUUCAUUAGCUUGGGCUACGUUCUCCAAGCAUGGAUCAAUCUCGGUUUCUAUCAGUUCAAGACUGGUCCCAUCACCUGGCGGGUUCCUAUCAGCAUUGCCGCCUUCUUCUCGCUUGUGCUCAUGUCUUGUAUCUUCUUCAUGCCUGAAUCUCCACGCUGGCUCCUACGCCGCAACCGUGUUGAGGAAGCACAGAUGACCCUGGCGGCACUCAAAGGCCUCUCUCCGGAUGCGGAGGAGAUACGUGCCGAGAUGGCUGCUAUCGAGAUAUCACUGGAGGAUAAUGCUGGAAAGAGUGCAUCUCUUCGUGAGCUGCUGAAGAUGGGAGAGGACAAGUUGUUGUAUCGUUUCGGCAUCUGCAUCCUGCUUCAAUUCUAUCAACAGAUGUCUGGAGGCAACCUCAUCUCGGUGUACUCUACGGUCAUUUUCCAACAAGGUCUCGGCUUGGAUGCGCAGACAGCACGCAUUCUGUCGGGAGGCACUCUCACCUGGAAAUUUCUCUCGUGCUUUGUGUCUUUCUUCACUAUCGACAGAUUUGGGCGUCGUAUUGUGCUGAUGGUCAUCAGCGUUCUAUUCGUUUUCCUCUUCAACUUCUUCAUCCCUAUAGGCUUCCUUGGAGCCAACUUCCUCUAUUGCACGGAGGUAGCUCCGCUUCGGCUGCGAGUGGCAAUGUCGAGCAUUUCCACCGCUAAUCAUUGGCUUUGGAACUUCGUUGUGACAAUGAUCACCCCAGUCGCAAUCAACAGCAUAGGAUAUAAGUACUACAUUGUCUACACAUUGAUAGGAUUCUGCGUCCCAUUUUCAGUUUACUUUCUGUAUCCCGAAACUAUGGGUAUGAGGCUAGAGGAUAUUGAUCUUAUCUUUAGGAAUAGCCCUUCCGUGUUGGGCACGGUUAGUUACGCAAGGACGAAGCCACAUCUGCCAGUUGAAGAGGCAUUACAUGUCAAAGAAAAGACUGAACACCAGGAAGUCGCUUGA